AUGCUGCUCUUCGUCCCCUGCACGCUCCCGGUGAUGCCUGGCCCGCCCAGGAGAGACAGGCUGGCAUUUGCCGGGAUUCUGGCCGGGGAAGGGGACGGGGAGGGCGAGGCGGAAGGCGACGCCGAGGGGGAGGGGGAAGGAGACGCGCUCGGGGAAGGCACCGCAGAAGUGGAGGGGGACGGAGAAAGAGAGGGGGACGGAGAGAGGGAGGCUUGCGCCGACUGUGAUGGAGAAGGCGAGGGGGAGGGCUUUGCUGACGUGGACGGCGAUGCUGACGUGGAUGGCGAGGGCUGUGCUGACGUGGACGGCGAUGCUGACGUGGAUGGCGAGGGCUGUGCUGACGUGGAAGGGGAUGGAGAGGGAGAGGACGAGGGCUGCGUGGAGAGUGAGGGGCUUGAACUUGGAGAAAGCGAUGCGGAGGGUGAAGGCGAGAGAGAGAUCGAAGAGAGCAAAGGGGAGGGAGAAGUCGACGGGAAAGGAGACGUCGAUUGCGAAGGCUUGGGCGAAGGAGAUGCGGAAGGGGAGGGGGAUGAAGAUGGGAAAGCGGAUAGAGAGGGAGACGGGGAGGCGGAAGCAGAGGGGGAGGCGGAGGAUGAACUAGAAGGGGAGGGAGAUGAAGAAGGGGCAGGAGAACUAGAGGGGGAAGGAGAAGCAGACGGGGUGGCAGAGCUUGAGGGGGAAGGCGACUUCGAGGGGGCUGCAGAAGUAGAUGGGGAGGGCGACGCGGAGGGUGCGGCGGAAGUCGACGGAGACGGUGAACUAGAGGGGGCGGCAGAGCUUGAAGGGGAUGGUGAGGCGGAGGGCGCAGGCGAACUAGAGGGGGCGGCAGAGCUUGAAGGAGACGGGGAGGCGGAGGGCGCAGGCGAACUAGAGGGGGAGGGCGACGGGGCCGCCGAGACGGACGGUGACGGUAACGGUGACGGCGACGGAGAUGGCGACGGGGAUGGGGCAGGAAGGGGCAUGAUGGUCGCCGCGAACGGGCUUCCCGUCACUGGAUGGCCGGCGAUUGUGACGGUUGUGCUGAGAGUGCCUCCUUUGGAGACGGAGUAG